AUGGGACCGUCGACGCCAGCUCUCGUGACCAUCGUGGCCGUGUGGGCGUUCCUCCUCCUGACGUCGCACGUUUCGCCCGGCGCGGCCGGCGUGCAGCUUGAUGGAGCUGGUAGCUCCAACUCCGCGGGCAUCCUAGCUGCCUGGGCGCAUGCUUACCGAUACACACGCGACGACGUCAGAAUUAACUACAGCCAGCCUGGGUUGCAGGUGGCCCUCACCCAGUACUCGCAAGGCAUCGUGGACUUCCUUGCCACGGACCGCGGCGUCUUUGGCAAUGACUUCAGCAACUUGAUACAACUGCCUCUGGCGGCACAGGCGAUGGCCAUGGGCUACAACAUUCCCUCACUCCAUUCCUCGGACCCCGCCCUGAUCAUGAACAGGACGGUCUUGGCCGCGAUUUGGGCUGGAGAGAUCACGAUGUGGGACGAUACAGCCAUUCGAGAGCUCAACCCUGCCUUGGUGGGCAAGCUACCGUCGGAGCCGAUCGCCGUCGGCUAUAUCGACUCCACCAUCACCAUUUCGUUCGUCGAGGUGCUUAAGAAAACGCUGGAGAGCUUCAGCGACGACUUCCGCGUGGCUUUCGCCGCGGCCAACCGCACCUUUGGAAAGCUUCCGGGUGCCGCAAGCGGCGGCACACUGAAGCUCAUCUCCGGCUCAUCACCUGCUCGUGCUGCCUGGAUGAUGCAAACCAACUACAGCAUGACAUUCCUCAACUUUGCCGAGACCGUGGGCCAGGUGCCUCUCAUGCGCAUGUACAACAAGGCAGGCACCCUCGUUGAUCCCAGCGUCGCCUCCGUCCAGUCUGCCAUGGCCGACUUUGAGGCCUACUACGACAACGGCGAGUUUACGGUGGACAUCCUCGACGCCAAUGGAACCAACUCGUGGCCCAUGGCCUACCUUACCUUCCUCUCCAUGGACUUCAACGGAAGCUACGCCGACUGCACCAACGUGCAGGAGCUGCUCAACUUUGUUUCGUGGAUCGACACCAAUGACGAGGCGUCUUCGACAGCGAUCGCAGCGAACGUGGCACCACUGGACAUCGGCCUGCGAAAGAAGCUCAUCAACCAGCUGAACGGCGUACAGUGCAACGGGCAACAGGCCUUCACCAAGGCAUUCCUGGUGGGCGUUGGGGCGGAGCUAUCGCUCAUAACCUCGUGGUCGGUCUCGUGGUCGGCCGACCAGAGCAAGCUCAAGUACUACCAGGAGACGUCAACCGUGGCCAAGGAGCAGCUGGUCCAGUACAACUCUGAUUUCGGUGUAAGCGUCAACGCGCUCACCGACGGCUGGGUACAACAAAUGAGCGACGUGGGCCAGAUACCUGCCGCCGCCUUUGCCCUGGCCCCAGGAUACAACAUUCCUGAGCUGGCUGGCAACUAUUUGGUGCUCGACUGUGAGACGCUGGCAGCGAUCUACUUGAACUCGAUCACCAUGUGGAAUGACUCGCGCAUCAAGAGCAUCAACUCGCCCGUUGUCGCCGCCCUACUACCCGCCCAGCCGAUUGUAGUGGUCACGCUCUCCGAAAGUUCGGCCAUCACGCAGCUCUUCACCUACAUGCUCAACGCCACCGUGCCCAGCUUUGCCGCUCAGAAGAAGACCCCGUACGAGCUCACGGCUUGCCUUGGCAAGGUCGGUGUUGGAGGGUUGCCCCACUUCCCAGUCUUGGACGCGUUCAACAGGUCGCUGACAGCGUCUGACGGCGUAGGGCUCACGUCGCUCCUGCGGUCCACCACGUACUCGAUCGCUACGUGGAUGCACCAGCCGCUUCUGCAGAGCCGCUCGCUGGGCGUAGCGUCGAUGAUCAAUCCGGCCAACAAGACGGUGCGCGCCUCGAUGACUUCGGUGGCGAGCGCGAUGAACGACUUCCUCCAAUCUGGCACCCCGCUCGCCUACACGUCGCUCGUACUGGGCAAAGGAGAAGCAAGCUGGCCGCUCGCCACCUUCGCCUCGAUCAUCUACCGACAAAAGUCAAUGAACGAUUGCAGCGACGCCCGAGCGCUGGCCGACUUCCUGUGGUGGUCGCAAUUCGACCCCAACGCCGAACAGGUGGCCAUCAGUCAAAACUACGUGCUGGCGUCGUCAAUUGCCAGAGCCAAGAGCUACUUUCUCAGGCUGAUGAAGAACUUCACGUGCGACGGCGUUGCGGCGAGCAGCUACGCCGGGUGCAUCAACGACGGAAUGCUGUGCUCUGACCAGGGCACAUGCACCGACGGCGUGUGUCAGUGCAAUUCGGGGCGAACGGGCCAGUACUGCGACCAGCUCUCCCAAUCCAGAAUCAGCGACGACCAGCUCGUGGCCAUCCUGCUCGGCACGAUCAUACCGUUGGCGUUCUGCUGCUGCCUGCUACUGGUCGGUGCCAUCAUCUGGGCCGGGUACCUCUCCCGCGCCAGGAAGCGAGGCGAAGACGACUGGGAGAUCCGGUACGACGAGCUCGAGGUCGGCGCGCACCUGGGCACGGGUGGCUUCGGCGAGGUCUACCGGGCCACGUGGAAGGGCACCGAAGUGGCCGUCAAGGUCAUGUUGGCCGAACGGGUCACCAAGGACAUGGCGAGGCGAUUCAAGGACGAGGUGAGGGUGAUGACGGCGUUGAGGCAUCCCAACGUGGUGCUGUUCAUGGCGGCGUCGACCAAGGCGCCCAAAAUGUGCAUCGUCAUGGAGUACAUGGCUCUCGGCUGUUUGUUCGACUUGCUGCACAACGAGCUGAUUCCGGAGCUGCCGUUCGCGCUCAAGGCCAAGAUGGCCUACCAGGCCUCCAAGGGCAUGCACUUCCUCCACUCGUCGGGCAUCGUGCACCGCGACCUCAAGUCGCUCAACCUGCUGCUCGACACCAAGUGGAACGUCAAGGUGAGCGACUUCGGCCUCACCAAGUUCAAGGAGGACAUCGGAAAGGGCGCAGAGCGCGACAUCGGCGGCAGCGUGCACUGGACGGCGCCCGAGAUUCUCAACGAAUCGGCUGACGUGGACUACAUCUUGGCCGACGUGUACAGCUUCGGCAUCAUCCUGUGGGAGCUGCUCACCCGCGAGCAGCCCUACUUCGGCCUAAGCCCUUCGGCGGUGGCCAUUUCCGUCAUUCGCGACGGCCUCCGACCGCACAUGCCGCAUAACCUGGGCGGAUGGCCGGCAGAGUACGACGAGCUGAUCACGAGCUGCUGGCACCACGACACCACCAUUCGCCCCACGUUCCUCGAGAUCAUGACCCGCCUCUCCACCAUGCACGGCGGCUCCACAUCGGCCGGCGUGACGACCUACACCUCCAAGACUUCGUCCUCCUCGGGCAACUCGGGAUUGGCCAAUAUACCGAAGAGGAACAGCUUCGGGUCGUGGACGCUGCCCUCAGCCACCAACUCGUCCGUGGGCUCGUCCCACUCAUCGCGGAACUCGUUGGCGGCGGCGCCGAUGACUGGCAAGGACGUGCGGCCGCCCGAGGGCGAGGUGACGAUCGUGUUCACCGACAUCACGCGCGCCGCCUCGCUCUGGGAGUUCAACGCCGCCGCCAUGCGCGACGCCACGCUCCUCCACAACGACAUCCUGCGGCGCGCGCUGCAAAAGCACCGCGGCUACGAGGUGGUCUUCAUCAAGGACAAGAACUCGGGCGAGGGCUCGUUCUGCAUGGCCUUCCAGCACUCCACCGACGCGCUGGCCUGGUGCUCGGAGGUGCAGCAGGUCCUGCUCGCUGCCUUCUGGCCCGAGGAGCUGCUGGAGCACCCGGGCGCGGCCGAGGAGUGGGGCGACACCGACAAUCGGGUCAUGUUCAAGGGCCUGCGGGUGCGCAUGGGCGUGCACGUGGGCACUCCACGCAUGGUGCGCGAUCCGAUGACGCGGCGCAUGGAGUACAUCGGACCGGUGGUCAACGCCGCGGCCCGGAUCACGGCUCUCACACACGGCGGCCAGAUCGUGAUGAGUCAGGCCACCUACGUCCGGGUCAAGAACGACCUCGCGGCCCAGGGGAAGGUCAUCCUUGGGCUCGGUCGCUUCGAAAUGCCCGACCACCCACGAGGGUCGAAGCUGUACGAGUUGAAGAUCGCUGGGCUGGAGGGGCGCUUCUUCGGUGGCGUGGCGAUCGACAACCUCGAUCACGAGGCCGACAGGUCCACCAGCACGCGCGCCUCCUCGAACCGAAGCACGAUCUCGGGGGCCAGCAGUGCCGGCAGCGAAGUGCAGACGGUCGUGGGCGAGGGCAUGAUGUUCAAGGAGGACACCUUCCUCACGUCGGCCAACCUGUGCCGCUGGAUCAUCGACUUCGCCGAGAUCCAGGUCGGGCGGCAGGUGGGCCUCGGGUCCUACGGCACGGUGUACCACGGCAGGUGGAAGGGCGUGGAGGUGGCGGUGAAGCGGUUCAUCAAGCAGAAGCUGGACGAGCGGCGCAUGCUCGAGUUCCGCGCCGAGAUGGCCUUCCUGUCGGAGCUUCACCACCCCAACAUCGUCCUCUUCAUCGGGGCGUGUGUGAAGAAACCCAACCUGUGCAUCGUGACCGAGUUCAUGAAGCAGGGCUCGCUCAAGGACAUCCUCACCGACAGUUCCAUCAAGCUCACGUGGCAACACAAGCUCCAAAUGCUGCGACGAGCCGCGCUGGGCAUCAACUACCUGCACUCACUUCACCCCAUCAUCGUGCACCGCGACCUGAAGCCGUCCAACCUGCUGGUGGACGAGAACUGGAACGUGAAGGUGGCCGAUUUCGGGUUCGCGCGCAUCAAGGAGGAGAACGCCACGAUGACCCGGUGCGGCACACCCUGCUGGACGGCGCCGGAGGUCAUCCGCGGGGACAAGUACGACGAGCGGGCCGACGUGUUCUCCUUCGGCGUGGUCAUGUGGCAGGUGCUCACGCGCAAGGAGCCCUUCGCCGGGCGCAACUUCAUGGGCGUGUCGCUCGACGUGCUCGAGGGCAAGCGGCCCCAGAUCCCCAAUGACUGCCCGCCCGAGUUCACCAAGAUGCUGAAGCGGUGCUGGCACGCCUCGCCCGGCAAGCGGCCGCACAUGGACGACGUGCUGGCCUUCCUCGACGGACUCAUUGCCGGCGACGAAGAAGACGACACCUACCAGCCCAGCGUCGUGUAG